AUGAAAAAUGAAAAUUUUUUGUUUAUUUCAUCAUCCUUGUAGGAAUUUUGUAGUCAAAAGCCACAAUUAUUAAUUAGCCAGGAAAUUCAAUUAAAAACCAAGUUGUAUAAGCUACUUAAUAUGCUUGUUAAAAUGGCUAUUUUAAUGGGUAGAUUUGUAGCCAACGUCUAUCGAUGUAAAAUGGAUUUUGCACUUGUUCGAAGUAACUCAGGAGACUAUCUUAAUGGUUCUUAAUGCAGCAGUUGCAACGAUACUAAUUGUCUUACUUGUACUGAUGCAAGCACUUGUACCUCCUGUGCUCCUAAUUAUAUGCUACUUAAUAAUGCUUGCACAAAAUGUACUGGGUAUUCUUAUAAAUGCACCUCCUGUUCUAAUGGAUACUGCAGUGGUUGUAUCAGUAAUUACUUGAUACAAUCAGAUGGAACUUGUCUAAAGUGUCCUGAUAAUUGCACUCAAGGGUGUGCUAAAAAUACAUAAGCAAACACUAAUCCUACUACUUGUUAAAUUUGUCAAGAUCAAUAUUAUUUAACCAGUAGUGGAUUAUGUUCUAAAUGUUAAAGUCCCUUUUUAAGGUGCAGCUAUGAUUCUAGUACUCAAUAAGUACAUCCAACUUAUUGUGUGGAUGGCUACUUUUUAGUUAACAGAUCAUGCAUUAAAGCCUAAGAUGAAAAUACAUGCUUCAAAUUAUACUAACCUAAUGAUGGAACUCAAGUCAACUCUUAAUUAUGCUAAGAUUGUUGGCCAUCUUAUGUAUAAAGUAAUUAGAUUUGUUAUAAAUGUUCUUAUUGUGCUGACAAUAGUUGCUCAUUAGAUCAAAAUAAUAAACCCAUCUGCAGUUAAUGUGUUAAUUAUUAUUAUAGUGAUUCAAACUCCAUUUGUUAGUAAUGUGUUGCUAAUUGUAUUCAAUGCAAUGCUGCAGGAAUUGAGAACUGUCAAUAAUGUGAUAUUGGAUAUUACAAGAGUUCAAAUGCUUGCAUUGCUUGUACUACUGAUAAUAACAAUAAACCUACUUGUUUGAAUUGCUCCAAUGAAACCACUUGUUCUACUUGUUAAAAUGGUUAUUAUGAAUCUAAUGGACAAUGUUUAGCUUGUUAAUAUGGUUGCAGUCAAUGUAUAUCUCCAGGUAAUGUUUGCAUCGCUUGUAUUACUGGCUUUUAUUUAUAAAAUGGAGGUUGUGUCAAAGAUCUAGGAAAUUGUUUAGAAAAAUAAUAGAACCAGAACAACGGUUGCUAAAUAUGUGCCUAUGGGUUAUAUCCUAUUAAGGGUUGGCUAUCAUAAUCAGGUUAAUCUUAAGUAGUUGAUGCCUCUUGUUUCUAAUGUGUCUAUCCUUAAGCAGCAGUAAACAUUAAUUAUUAUCUAGUUUGUUUGUUGAGCUAACCCGUCAGACAACCAAGUUGCGAGUGCUUCUUACGGAUCCGUUCCUUCCUUAAAAAUUCAAAUUAUUUUAAAACUGCUGCUCCUUUAGGUUCAACAAGACAGACAAGUCCAUAAUGCAAACUUGGAUCUUUUUGGACUCAAUAAAGUUGUAUGCCUUGUCCAACAGUAAGUAAUGGAAUCUGUAGCAAUUGUAAUAACUUUACAAGUUGCACUUAAAUUUAAUGUAAUGUAUAGUAUCAAUUAAUUGCAAUCAAAAAUGUUUAAUAAUGUGCAUAAAUACCUACAGGAUGUAUUGAGAUAUAGUAUUCUGAUAAAAUGAUAUCAUUGGCAUGCACCAAAUGUAGUACUGGAUAUACUUUGAUUGGUAAUAUUUGUAUUUCAAUUACUGGAUGUUAGGCAGUUAAUUAGAAUAAUGGAGCUUGUUCUUCAUGUUUAAAUGGAUAUUACUUUAAUUGGGAUUUCGUAUUAACUAGUCCCAAUACAUCAUUGUCAAUUAAUACUUAUUACUAUCAAACUUUCAAUCCAUUUUGUAGUAAAUGCAAUGCAGGUUGUGCCAUAUGUCCAUCAUAUUAGACUUGUACUCAAUGUUUACCUGGAUACUUUUGGUAUUAAUCAACUCUAACAACAAAUUCAUAUUCCUUUAAAACUUAUACAAUUACUUAAACAAAUGACUCUGGUUAAUGUGUUGCAUGUCCUAAAAAUUGCUAAACUUGUAUAAGUGCAACAGUUUGCACAGCCUGCAAUACCAAUUUCACUGUAGAUCCUAAUUCAACAAAUGGAGAUUGCAUAUGCUCUUCGCCUCUUACUUACAAUUAAGCCAAUUAAAGUUGUAUUCUACUACCUUCUGGUAAUUCUACUUGUUCCUUUGGAGGAUGCAUCUAGUGUAAUUCUGAUAAUACAUAAUGUCAAGCUUGUAGUCCUUAAUAUGCAUUAACAGGUCCAGCUUCAUGCACCUAAUGUCUGAAUUGCAACUAAUGCUCUCUUUAAGCUGGAACAUCAAAUCCAACUUGUUUAGAAUGUGCAGAUGGAUAUUAUAAAGUUUAAGCAUAUGAUGGAGCUCCUAUAACCUGUUAAUUAUGUUCACAAUCCUUGAAUAAUUCUUUAAGAUGUUAAGGUGUCUUAGAAAAUCAAACUCAAUUGACCGCUAUUUAAUGUGCAGAUAACUACUUUUUAUUUGGAAAUGCUUGUAAUUAAGCUGGAAACACAAAUUGCUUCACAAUUUCCAAUACCAACAGUCAAUCUUGUCAAUAAUGUCUUCCUGGAUACACAUUGUAUGGAAAUAAUUGCGAUCAAUGUAAUACUAAGAUUCUUAAUUGUUUGACUUUUAUUUCCAACUCAGAUCAAAGUGCAUUAAUCUGCCAAACAUGCAUAAAUGGAUAUGUUUUAAAUACUAAUACAAACUCCUGUUAAUAAUGUCCCUCUGGAUGUUAGACCUGCACUGUUACUGGCACUGUUGCUCUCUAUACACUUUCUUGUAGUACUUGUGCUGAUGGAAACUAUAUUGACAGUAAUGGAAAUUGUUGGGGAUGUCCUUUUGAUUGCAAAUCAUGCGACUCAAAAUAUAAUUGUAAUACUUGUAAGGAUGGUAACAUUCAGCACCAAAUCAUAUAUAUUUAAACCUUGUUAUCCUUGUCAAAAUAACUGUGCAACUUGUACAGGACCCACUGGAAAUAAUUUGUUAAACUUGCAAAACUGGAUUUGUUCUUCAAAAUGGAGGCUGCAUUGAUUUAACUUUGA